AUGCUCGCCCUCCUCGUCACGCUGCAGAGCCUGCUCAGGCCGCCGCCGCCGCGCUCUCGUGGCUUGGCGAUGCGAGGCGGUGGGAUCGACAUCGGCCGGGCGCUGCUCGAUGCGGCCCUGAGCUCGCCGCUGUACAAGGCGGUUCUCGUGCCGCAGGCACAGCGCACGAUGGUAGAGACCGCUGAACGGAACGGCGUGCCUUGGCGCGACGCGCUCGACUGGAUCAAGGCGCGCGGCCCUUGGCGUCUCAGCGAGGACGAUUCGGCUGUGGCGAUCCCAGAGUACUACCGGAGGCCUUUUCACGCCUACGAGCAGGGCAACCUGUGCUGGGACGCCGCGUGGGAGGGCGAGAUCGCAUCGCGCGCCGCCUUCCGCGGCGCCUUUGACGAGGCGCUCGCCUCGCUCGGCGCGGAGUGUCCGGCCGGCGGCUCCCUCGUCGACCUCGGCUGCGGCUCUGGCAUCUCGACUCGCCGGCUGGCCGCGGCGCACCCGCAGGCGGGCUCGGUCGUCGGCGUCGACCUGUCGCCUCACUUCCUCGCCGUCGGCCGGCGGCUGCUGGAGCUAGAGGAGGAGGAGCGCCGUCGGUGGGUGCAGCCCCUCGAGCCUGACGGCCGCAUCUCGCUCCUGCACGCCGACGCCGCAGCCACCGGCCUGGCCGCCUGCUCGGUGGACGUGGUGCAGUUGUCCCUCGUGAUGCACGAGCUGCCGCCCGCCGCUGCGGGAGACAUCUUCGCCGAGGCGCACCGCAUCCUCCGCCCGGGCGGACAGCUCUGGGAGGGCUUCUCGAAGCUGCGCUCCAACCCGCUCCUCUUCUCGCUCAUCCGCUCCACCGAGCCGUACCUCGACGCCUACGCGGACUGGCAGACCGCCGAGGGGGUGCCGGGAGGCGGGCCGGCGGCGGCGCUCGCCGAGGUGGGCUUUGGGCGCAUCCGGCUCGCCGCCGCCACCGGCCGCCAUUUUGCGCUCGUCUGCUCGCGCCCUCUGAACGGCUGCGAGCCGGACCGCGCCGUCGACGACCGGCGAGCCGCCACCGCCAAGCCGGACACGCACCUCAAGACCCGCAAGAUCGCGCAGCUCAAGGCGGAGAUGGCAGAGGCGGAGGCGAGCGGGGACCUCGACAGAAUCAUGACGCUGAUGGGGACGCUGCUUGCGCUGGAGGGCGGGGCGGGGACCUGUGUUCCUUAUCCUUUUUACCCAUCUCACCAGUAG